AUGGCCAUGGGUGCGGUUAGUGUUGCAAACUUAGCUAUUUUGAUACUUUUGGCCUCUGGGGUGAUCGCCGGAGGAGGUUGGGACACCGGCUAUGCUACUUUCUAUGGAGACAUGAGUGGCGGGGAGACGAUGCAAGGAGCUUGUGGAUAUGGUGAUCUCUUCAAGCAAGGUUAUGGCCUUGAGACAGCAGCUCUGAGUACGGUUCUCUUCAAUAAUGGUCUCACUUGUGGUGCAUGCUAUGAGCUCCGAUGCUACCAUGAUCCCAACUGGUGUUUCCCAAGGACUAUCACCAUCACUGCCACCAACUUCUGCCCUCCCAACCCCACAAAACCCAACGACAAUGGUGGCUGGUGCAACCCACCCCGCAAACACUUCGACCUCUCCAUGCCCAUGUUUGGAGACCUUGUGAAGGACUACCAUGCAGGGAUAAUCCCCAUUCAAUUCCAAAGGGUCCCUUGCAUCAAGAAUGGUGGUGUGAGGUUUGAGAUCAAGGGCAAUCCUUACUGGAUCCUUGUAUUGGUAUACAACGUAGCCGGCUCCGGAGACGUCCAUGCUGUCUCGGUGAAGGGCUCAAAGACUGGGUGGAUGAGCAUGUCAAGGAGCUGGGGCCAGAACUGGCAAACUUGGGUGCAAUUGUUGGGGCAGAGCCUGUCAUUCCGAGUGAUGACAAGUGAUGAGAGGGUGCUGCAGUCUGAUAAUGUAGUUCCAGCAAAUUGGCAGUUUGGUCAGAAUUUUGAAGGGAAGCAAUUCCAGGAAUGA